UUCAACCGAAUCGCAGCGGAGAUGUAUUGAAACACUCAAAAGAAAACCAAAAUCAAAACAAAACUGCGGGAGUCCGUAUUCAAACCUACAAAAACUCAACACAACGAAGCUUUCCGCGCGGUUUUUCCAUGUCGAUACCUGGCGCCGAUGAAACCGCCAAAAUUCUGUUCCAAUUUCAACAAUACACCAGAACCUUCGCAAGAACUUCUUCGUUCUUCUCUACUGAAAACUCUUUCUUCUGCCAAAAACACCCCACAGCUACGCACUGUUCAUUCCCUAAUCAUCACUUCAGGUUUGAGCCUCUCCGUCAUCUUUUCCGGCAAACUCAUAAGCAAGUACUCCCAGGUUAAAGACCCAAUUUCUUCUGUUUCAGUUUUUCGCUCUAUUUCUCCAACUAACAAUGUCUAUCUAUGGAAUUCAAUUAUACGUGCUCUUACCCACAAUGGUCUCUUCACUCAAGCACUUGGAUAUUACCAUGAGAUGCGUGAAAAAAAGCUCCAACCCGAUGCUUUUACCUUUCCUUCUGUUAUCAAUUCAUGUGCCCGGCUUUUGGACUUGGAAUUGGGUUGCAUUGUUCAUCAACAUGUUAUGGAAAUGGGUUUUGAAUCGGAUUUAUAUAUUGGUAAUGCAUUGAUCGAUAUGUAUUCUAGAUUUGUUGAUCUUGAUAAUGCACGUUAUGUGUUUGAGGAAAUGUCUAACCGAGACAGUGUAUCGUGGAAUAGUUUGAUUUCUGGGUAUUGUUCUAAUGGAUUUUGGGAGGAAGCUCUGGACAUGUAUCACAAGUUCAGAAUGACUGGGAUGGUACCUGAUUAUUUCACUAUGUCCAGCGUUUUACUCGCUUGUGGAAGCUUAAUGGCUGUUAAAGAGGGUGUGGCUGUUCACGGGGUGAUUGAGAAGAUUGGAAUUACUGGGGAUGUUAUUAUAGGCAAUGGACUUCUUUCCAUGUACUUCAAGUUUGAAAGACUAAGAGAAGCACGUUGGAUUUUUUCCGAGAUGGCUGUGAAGGACUCAGUUACUUGGAAUACCAUGAUUUGUGGGUAUGCCCAACUGGGGCGCCAUGAAGAAUCUGUUAAGUUAUUUAUGGAGAUGAUAGAUGGAUUCAUUCCAGAUAUGUUGUCAAUUACAUCGACCAUACGUGCUUGUGGACAGUCAGGAAAUCUGCAGAUUGGAAAGUUUGUUCAUAAGUACUUAAUUGGGAGCGGGUUUGAAUGUGAUACUGUGGCAAAUAAUAUCCUUAUAGAUAUGUAUGCCAAGUGUGGGGAUCUUUUGGCUGCACAGGAAGUCUUUGACACAACAAAAUGCAAGGAUUCUGUGACAUGGAACUCACUAAUUAACGGUUACACUCAAAGUGGCUAUUAUAAAGAGGGGCUGGAAAGUUUUAAAAUGAUGAAAAUGGAAAGCAAACCAGAUUCUGUCACUUUCGUUCUGCUCCUAUCUAUAUUUUCUCAGUUAGCUGAUAUAAAUCAGGGGAGAGGAAUCCAGUGUGAUGUGAUAAAAUUUGGCUUUGAAGCCGAACUGAUCAUUGGCAAUUCUCUUCUGGACAUGUAUGCUAAAUGUGGUGAAAUGGAUGACUUAUUGAAGGUGUUUUCAUACAUGAGUGCCCAUGACAAUAUAUCAUGGAAUACCGUUAUUGCUUCUAGUGUUCAUUUUGAUGAUUGCACUGUAGGGUUUCAAAUGAUUAAUGAAAUGAGGACUGAAGGGUUGAUGCCAGACGAGGCCACGGUACUAGGUAUCUUGCCCAUGUGUUCGUUGCUUGCAGUACGGCGACAAGGGAAAGAAAUCCAUGGCUAUAUUUUCAAGUUAGGAUUUGAAUCCAAUGUCCCAAUUGGGAAUGCCCUAAUUGAAAUGUACUCCAAAUGUGGUAGUUUAGAAAACUGUACUAAAGUAUUCAACUAUAUGGAAGAAAAAGAUGUGGUGACAUGGACUGCGUUAAUCUCUGCAUUUGGAAUGUAUGGAGAGGGCAAAAAAGCAUUAAAAGCUUUUCAGGAUAUGGAGUUGAGUGGUGUUUUUCCUGAUUCUGUUGCUUUCAUUGCCUUCAUUUUUGCCUGUAGCCAUUCUGGAAUGGUCAAUGAGGGGCUCAGAUUCUUUGAUCGAAUGAAAACAGACUACAAUCUUGAGCCUAGGAUGGAACAUUAUGCUUGUGUCGUCGAUCUUCUGGCUCGAUCUGGCUUACUAGCUCAGGCAGAGGAGUUUAUUCUUUCAAUGCCAAUGAAACCAGAUGCAAGUUUAUGGGGAGCUUUACUUAGUGCCUGUCGAGCAAGUGGGAACACAAAUAUUGCUCAACGUGUCUCAAAGAAAAUUCUUGAGUUGAACUCAGAUAAUACUGGGUAUUAUGUGCUUGUAUCAAAUAUUUAUGCUACCUUAGGAAAGUGGGAUCAGGUGAAAAUGGUUAGAAAUUCCAUGAAAACAAAAGGGCUCAAGAAAGACCCUGGAAGUAGCUGGAUUGAGAUUCAGAAAAGGGUCUAUGUUUUUAGGACUGGUGAUAAAUCAUUUGAACAGUAUGACAAGGUCAAAGAUUUACUUGAAUACCUUGUUGGGUUAAUGGCCAAGGAAGGUUACGUUGCAGACCUGCAAUUUGCUUUGCAUGACGUUGAGGAAGAUGAUAAGAGAGACAUGCUAUGUGGGCAUAGUGAAAGACUUGCAAUUGCCUUCGGAUUGUUAAAUACAAAACCAGGGAGCUCUCUGCUGGUAAUGAAAAACCUUAGAGUAUGUGGAGAUUGUCAUACUGUAACUAAGUACAUAUCUAAGAUAAUGCAACGAGAAAUACUAGUGAGAGAUGCCAAUCGCUUUCACCGUUUCAAGGAUGGAGCCUGUAGUUGUGGAGAUCACUGGUGAAUAAUCAUUAUUUCUAGUACCUGAUUACAUCUUCACAUUGGACUACAAAUAGUCCAGUUGAACUGCUUCAUCUUUGUCCAAGUUUGGUGCAAAUCCAAGAAGGCUCGACUCCUGCUACGUUACACGAUUGCUGUCAAUGUGCAUAAACUCUGCAAGUCAAUGCUAUAACUUUUUUUUUCAACAAACUAAAGGAAGAUUUAGCUCAAGAUAUGCACUUUAGAGCAAUCUACGAGAGCAUUGGAUGCCACAUGAUAUUGUCCAAAAGAUUUCUCCAACUCUUGAUGACCUCUCAUGCUGGCCUAUGAAUCAAAUUUUAAAGUUCUUGGCGCACUCUGUCUUUGCCUUCAGUUUUUCUCUUAAAGGCCACUUUGAUAAUUGGAGAUUCUGGAAUUGUUCACGGCCAGCUUCAGACCUCCUUUUAAGGAGAUAUUUAGCUAUGAACACAAAGAUAACUCAAACAGUGAAGACAUUAUAUCAUCGACUAAAAGAUACCUUAUCCUCAGCAAAUUUGACCCAGAAGCGAGCAACGGCUUUCUCGUAAGGAUCUUGAGAAAGCAAUGGAUUUUGGUUCCAAAUUUCAUCGAUGUAUUCAAGGAUGAUGAGCGGUUCAACGAUCGAUUUUCCAUCAUGAAGCAGCAGUACAGGAACAUUCUUGUGGAUCGGAGUAUUGUUGUUCAGAUCUUGAUCAUCAUAAACGGUGUCAUAUUCUAACCCUUUCAAUUUCAAUGCCCAUACUAUUCUUAGAAUGUACGGACUCGACGUUCUGAUCAAUAGCUUUAGUUCAUCUUCCAUUC